GCUUCUCGGAGUGGGUGGAACUGGAGACGUGUAUAAGGUAAGGGAAAAACCAAUAACUAAAUGGCAGGGGGAUCUGGAAGCAACUUCAAAGUGCUAGUGGCAUGUUGUGGUCCCCGAAUAGAAUAGACAGUAAACUCCAUUUGUUCCCAAAAUGAAUCUUGAUAUUUGCAGCUAAUAUUGAAUGUCAGUUAAACCUUUUCUAUCUGCGUUACAGGGUCGCCACCAUCGCAAAGGAGUGGUGGCUGUGAAGAUAGCCAACAUCAGCAGGGUAAUGUAUUUUUAUAGUUCCAUUCUCCAUACCAUUCCUAUUUGUGUGGUCGACUAUGUGAGCUAAAGAGUUUCCCGUUAUCCCACUCCAGGAUGAAGAGUCUGUUUGCCGGGAAGUUAAUUUUCUCCGGAAGUUCAGCGGCCACAAGAACGUCGCUGCUUUCCAUGGAGCCUAUUAUAGUGCUCCACUUAAUGAGUGCUCAUCGGAGCUGCUUGAGGUAAGAAAUUAUUUGCUGUAUCACGUUUAUCCCUCUUGUGCCAAAGGGAUCUCCAUUAGAGGUAAUAGAAGGCCUUAAAUAAUUUAUUUCUAUUUUUCUACUGCAGAUUGUCAUUGAAUACUGUGGGGGCGGCUCCAUAUAUGACAUGAUUAAUACCACCAAAGGCCAAUCCCUGAGAGAGACCUGGAUUGGAUAUGUAUGCAAAGAAGUGUUAAAGGCACUCAAGCACAUCCACAAGAACAGGGCCGUGCACCGAGACAUCAAGAGCCCGAACAUAAUGCUUACAGAGAAAGGGAAGGUGAAGCUGAUCGAUUUUGGACUCUGCUGGGACCUGGACCCACAGACUGGAAAGUGCUAUGAGAGUGAAGGCACUGCGCACUGGAUGGCGCCCGAGGCCAUAAGGAGGAGAGGCAAACCAGUGGCGUAUGACACCAAAGUAUGUUGUACACCUUUUAUUGUUACUGUACAUAUUUCUCUAACCUCUCCCCUCCUGUCUGCACAAAUGAGUGCUGCAUUCAGUUAAUGUCAAUUUAUGUUACAGAAGAGCUAAACUUGAAGCCAUAGGGGCCACUUCUUCUGUGUUUUCCAUUCAUUGUAUGUAGGCAAUGGUGGAAAAACCAACUGGGCAACAUGUAACUUACAAAUACACUAACCCAAUCUCUCCUUCUAAUGCUUUUUGGUGUCUUUUUUUCCAGUGUGACAUCUGGUCGCUGGGGAUUACUGCCAUCGAAAUGGCCGAGGGAGAAACACGUAAGUGACUCAUAAUUGUUGUGGGUCUUCUGCUGCUCCAAUGAAUAAAAUAAUUCAAUAUCUUAUUCAGUGUUUGUAUGAAUGCUCUAAUAUAUAUAUGUAUUUUUUUUUUUACUUUUAGCAUAUGCCAAUCAGUAUCCAGUGUCAGACCUCAUAAAGAACAACGAUGCACCGGAGCUUCAAUCAAAGACCUGGUGAGUCCUUCCCAGCUCAUGAUGUGCUUGUGUGUAGUUACUGUGUAAAACCUCUCUGGGAAUAAUGGUCUUUUUCUCACCUAUAUACUGCUGUCCACUAAAUCCUCUACAUACCUGAGUCUGACAUCAGUACACACCCUGGGUACUCACUGUCCAUGUAGCCACAGUUGAACUGGAUUAAAGUGGGUACAUCA